UGUUAAACAUGUUAAAUAUCAGUUUGGACUGUUUAUUGAAUUUUCCUACAAUAAAUUCAGUCUAAAAAUCUGACUGAAUGUAUCCCAAUGUAUCGUGAGAUAUUGUAUCUUUGCCCUCUAUCGUGAUACGUAUCGUAUUGCCAUAAUUUCACCAGUACACAUCCCUAGACACUAGGUAGUGCUAAAAGCAAGCACAACUGCUCAGUAUCCCUUUAAGAUUAGACUAGGAAGCUCUUCACAGAUCAACUUAACUCUUAGUCUCUCUAGGGUUAAUUAAAAUGCUUUAAUGUCACAGAGAACAAGAACAUUUUGGCAUUCAAAUGCAGACAUGCUGGGAUGAGCAAACAAACUGCAUAACUGAAGUAUUUUUGUUUUAUUUUUUUAUUUUGUGUGAGCACAGACAACAAAGCAGCUAUGCACCUCCAAGUCCCCACUAAACACGAGGGCAUUUUCUCAGAGGACGUUAAACCGUCCCAGAUACAUCAUCUGACUCGCAUCAGCACACCUGGACCAUAAACUAUCCACAUGAUGUAACUGUUUUUGCAGAAAUGGGACAUGCUAUGAAAACUGUUAGCAAAUUAGUAACUUUCCGUCUCCAUUAGUGCAUUUGUGCGCGUCUGAGCACUCAUUUUUUGUUCACUAAGAAGCUAAUUGUUGUGGUUUCCUGCUGUAGUUUACAUUCCCACAGCCGACUAGAAGUGUUUUACUGGAAGUCUCCUGCCCUGCAACCGUAUUCGGGGGUUGUCGGACUAUCUAGAGCUGCUGUCUGAGUAGAGGGUGUAUGUGAGUGAGUUUUAUGUGAGCUUCGGGGUGCAGCCAAGCCUGCCUGACUAAGACACCGCCGCGUCUCAUCUCCUGUCCCAUCUGGAUCGCAUUAAUCCUGUCCGAUCAGGAAACCCAAAUAUGUGGAGAGUCCCCGUGUUCCUUCAGAUGCCAUCAUGUCAGCUCUGAGAAAAGUGGCUGAUAAGGAUUCCUCCCAUACGGAGCUGCAAGCAGAGCAACACCCAAGCUUCUCCUCUCCUGCCACUCAGGAACUGAUGACAAGGCUGGGCUUUUUACUGGGAGAAGGGAUCCCGGGUACGGCGCGCAUACCUAUGGACGACAAGAGUGAAAAGAAGUGCGAUUUGACCAGUCAGGGUAUUAGUCCCUGCUCCACACUGACCAGCAGCACGGCGUCUCCCAGUACCGACAGCCCAUGCUCCACCCUGAACAGCACAACCAGUCGUCCCCCGCUCAGCCACUCCAGCCCGUGUGGAACCAUCAUCAGCCCCAGCUCCACACUCGAGAGCAAAGACAGUGGGAUCAUAGCCACCAUCACUAGUUCUUCAGAGAACGAUGACCGCAGUGGCUCCAGCCUCGAGUGGAGUAAGGAUGGCAGCCUAAGAAGCAGCGGGCGCCAUGGCCUGGCACAGAGUGUCCGGGCUGACACGUGCUCCCCUGUGGUGGAGGAAGACUCCAGCAGUGCCACAACAACACCAGCUGACACCCCGUCUAGGACUGAACACCAGCAACAGCCGUCCCACGUACCAGCACCGCGACCUCCAGGUCACUCACCUGAGGUACCCAGUCAGUACCCUCCGCCGACAUCCUCCUCCUUGAUGAUGCCAAGACCAAACUCUGUUGCUGCGACCAGUUCCACAAAGCUGGAAGACCUGAGUUUCCUCGAUGAGCAGCGCAACACCCCUCUGCGGACUUCCAUCCGCCUGCCGUGGCACAACACAGGAGGACGGCCUCCUCAGGACUCUAAAGCCCGCUUUGCCCCCUACAAGCCUGUGGACAUCAUGCUCAAACCCUUGUUGUUUGAGGUACCCAGCAUCACCACGGACUCUGUGUUCAUUGGUCGAGAUUGGCUCUUUCAGCAGCUGGAGGAUACCCUGAAGGCCGGCGAUUCCAGUGGGACCCAGGGAGCGAUGGUGGUGGGCAGUGUGGGGUAUGGGAAGACAGCCAUCAUCUCCCGGCUGGUGGCGCUGAGCUGCCACGGAGGACGCAUGCGCCAGAUCGCCUCCAACAGUCCCUGUGCCUCUCCUAAAAGUGGAACAGGACAAGGAGCUGAACUUCCUCUCAGCCAGCCGCCACAACCCACGCCCCCAUCCAGCGCCACCAACACUCUGAGCACCAGCAGCUGCCCAGGAACCCCCGAGCUGCAGCGACGUAGGGAGGAGGCGGUGAAACGCCUUGGUGCCAAGGUGGUUGCGUAUCAUUAUUGCCAGGCGGACAACACAUACACCUGCCUUGUGCCAGAGUUCGUACACAGCAUUGCAGCCUUGCUGUGCAGGUCACAUCAGCUCUCUGCAUACAGGGAGCUGCUGCUGAAGGAGCCUCACCUUCAGAGCAUGCUCAGCCUGCGCUCCUGUGUCCAAGACCCCAUGGCAGCUUUCCGAAGGGGGGUCCUGGAACCACUGGCCAACCUUCGUAAAGAAAGGAAGAUUUCUGAGGAGAACCACAUCAUCUUGAUAGAUGGGCUGAACGAAGCAGAGUUUCAUAAACCCGACUACGGAGACACCAUCGCGUCUUUCAUCUCUAAAAUCAUCACCAAGUUCCCUCCGUGGCUUAAACUGGUGAUCACCGUUCGUGUCAACCUGCUGGACAUCACCAGCCUUCUGCCCUUCUCCAAGAUCUCCCUGGAUGACUUUAAUGACAACAAAGAGAUAAGCAACGACCUGAAUGCUUACAUUCAGUACCGCAUCAAUAGCGGUAAGGAUAUUAUGAACAACAUUAGCUUGAACGGGAAGGCCGACCCCGGCACCGUGAGCAAGCUCAGCAGCCACCUGAUCUCCCUCAGCCAGGGCUCCUACCUGUAUCUCAAACUCACCUUAGACCUCUUUGAGAAAGGCCACCUCGUCAUCAAAAGCUCCAGCUACAAAGUUGUUCCCGUUUCGCUGGCUGAACUUUACCAGCUCCAGUGCAACAUGAAGUUCAUGACCAAUACAGCUUUUGAGCGCUCUGUGCCCAUCCUCAACGUGGCUCUGGCGUCGCUGCACCCCAUGACCGAUGAGCAGCUUUUCCAGGCCAUCAACGCCGGCUACAUCCAAGGCGAGCUGCCCUGGGAGGAUUUUCGGCAGCGCAUGGACCUGCUCGCGGGUUUCCUCAUCAAACGGCGUGACAAGACGCGCAUGUUCUGCCACCCUUCCUUCAGAGAGUGGCUGGUAUGGCGAGCAGAUGGAGAGAGCACAGAUUUCCUGUGUGACCCCAGGAGCGGCCAUGCUUUCAUGGCCUUUAUGUUAUCGCGCCAGGAGGGGAAACUGAAUCGUCAGCAGACAAUGGAGCUGGGCCACCAUAUCCUGAAGGCACACAUCUUUAAGGGCCUGAGUAAGAAAACGGGAGUGUCGUCCAGUGUGCUUCAGGCUUUGUGGAUCAGCUGCAGUGCUGAUGGACUUUCUGCAGCCUUGGCUUCCCUGAGGAACCUCUACACACCAAAUGUCAAGGUAAGCCGGCUGCUGAUGCUGGGAGGAGCGAACGUGAAUUACCGCACAGAGGUCCUGAACAACGCGCCGGUGCUCUGUGUCCAGUGCCACCUGGGGCACCAUGAAAUCACCUCGCUGCUGCUGGAGUUUGGCAGCAGCGUGGAUGUUGUGUCUGAAAACGGCAUGAGCCCCUUGUGUUUCUCAGCUGCUGGAGGACAUUUGGGACUAGUGAUGCUGCUCUGUAAAAGGGGGGCCAAGGUGGAUCACGUCGAUAAGAGUGGCCAGUGUGCGCUGGUUCAUGCCGCAUUGCGUGGACACUCGGAGAUAAUUCAGUACCUGCUGGAGCUGGAAUGGAGUGCUGAGGGGCAGCAGCAGGACUGCUCUCUGAAGAACAAAGCUCUGCAGCAGGCUUUGAUCGCAGCCUCGAGCAUGGGACACACACAGGUUGUGAAGGACCUGCUGGCGUUGAAAAAUGAGCAUGCUGUGCAAAUUGAUAGUCAUGACACUCUGUGGGGCGAGACAGCUAUGACAGCAGCAGCAGGUCGAGGAAAGAUGGAGGUGUGCAGCUUCCUGCUGGAGCAGGGGGCUGGGGUGCAGCAGGUGAACCGGCGGGGGGUCUCCCCCCUGUUCUGCGCCGUCAGACAGGGACACUGGCAGAUUGCAGAGCUGCUGCUACAACAUGGCGUUGACAUCAACAUGAGCGAUAAACAGGGCAGAACUCUGCUCAUGGUGGCUGCCUGUGAGGGCCACUUGAGCACCGUGGAAUUUCUGUUGUCUAAAGGUGCAUCUUUAAAUUCGAUGGACAAGGAGGGACUGAUGCCCCUGAGCUGGGCCUGUUUGAAAGGACGGAAGAACGUGGUGCAGUUUUUGGUGGAGAAAGGUGCAGUCAUCGACCACACGGACAAAAACGGGAGAACUCCACUGGACCUGGCUGCUUUUUAUGGAGAUGCAGAGAUUGUCCAGUACUUGGUGGAAAGAGGAGCGGUGAUAGAGCAUGUUGACCACAGUGGGAUGAGGCCUCUGGACCGGGCCAUCGGCUGUAGGAACACGUCGGUGGUGGUGACGCUGUUGAAGAAAGGAGCCAAGCUGGGCUACCGAACGUCUCCUUACGAUCGAUCAGGGAAUGCUGCCUGGGCUAUGGCUACUUCCAAGCCUGAUAUCCUCAUCAUCCUUCUGCAGAAGCUGAUGGAGGAAGGAAACCUGCUUUACAAGAAGGGGAAGAUGAAAGAGGCAGCCCAGAGGUACCAGUACGCCCUGAGGAAGUUUCCUCGAGAAGGCUACGGUGAUGACCUGAAGGCAUUUAAAGACCUGAGGGUCUCUCUGUACCUCAAUCUCUCCCGCUGUCGCAGAAAAACCAACGACUUUGGUAUGGCGGAGGAGUUUGCAACAAAAGCACUGGAGCUGAAACCCAAAUCCUAUGAGGCCUACUACGCCCGAGCAAGAGCCAAAAGAAGCAGCAGGCAGUUUACAGCGGCUCUGACUGACCUACAUGAAGCGGCCAAGCUUUGCCCCAAUAACCGGGAGAUCCGUCGCUUGCUGGCUCGAGUGGAGGAGGAGUGCAAGCAGAUGCAGAGAACUCAGACCAAAGGAAGCUUCUCCGGAGCUGCAGCUGCUUCCAGUCAGGCGUCUGGAGAGCAGGAAUCUGACCAGGAGCAGGAUGAAGGCCAGGAAGACUUCUCACAGCACAGCCUUGCACGAACCAUGGAAGGCCAUAGAAGCAUUCUGGAGGAAGAGGAGGAGGAAGAUGAGGAGCUGGUUGCCUUAAAGCAUGAUAGAACAGAUGAAGCUUGCUGCUCUCAGAACAGUUACUUUAACAGAGCCUCACCCGGUGAUUCAGCAGCUGUCAACAACUGCCUAGGACAUCCGAAUCAAAGCCUGAGCUCCAGCUCCCCUCCAGGCCCCAGCAGACUCCCUCCACACAGGUACCCUCGAGAGCACCGGGAGGCGCUCGCCCAACAGGCUCUGGUCCUGCAGCCAAGCAAGCAGGCUCAGAUCGUGAAGACCAAUCAGCACAUGAGCUCCACGCACACUGUAUCGGGCCGAUGUCCUGGGACUAAAGCUCAGUAUGCACCGUCCAGCCCUUUACCAAGCCGGCGCAUGUCCAGUGCACUGAAACCGGGUCCAGGUAUUGACAUCAGCCCCCUGCCCCCCCCACCUGAAGAGUCUUUGUAUGACAACCGUGUGUUACUGGCAGCCCCAUCCACAGCCAUUAGUCAAAGUUGUGACCGCGAGACCCAGGGUUCCUACUCGUCCUGCAGCACCUUUAAAGGUCUGGGUCAGGACCGGCCGUCUGCCCACUCUGCUUCUUCUCUGGAUGGGCUGAUCUCUGGCGCAGGGAACCAUUCUGAUCCUGGGAAGGAAGGGAUGUGUGGUGCUGCAGGAUCUCAGAGAGGAAGCACCAGCAGCAUGCGUGUGUCCAGUUCCACCAGCAGCCUGGCGUCCAGCAGCAGCCUAUCAGACAGCAGCAAGCUGGGACCGGAUGUCCGCUCCAAGAUCCCAGACAAAACCAAGCACAGCCAGCAGGCUGGCUCUGCUGCAGAAUAUAAACCCAGACCUUUCAUGGGCGUCACAGACAAGACUGCACGCUUUCAGCAGAUUCCAACACAGCAGGCGCAGCAUCAUCCCAGCCUUCAGGUCGCCAGUCGCAACUGGCUGAGCCACUCUUCUGACGGCCCGGUGGGCCACAACAUGUCAGCAAUGGGCUUACAGCAGGUCGACAGCAAAUACCACGACCAACACAAACUUCCACCACCACAGGGCGUCAUGGCAAUGAAUAACUUACAACAAAAUGGCACGCAUGCCAAGGAACUUUCAGAAAAGUUCUGCCAGUCGGCCAACUGUUAUAAAGAGUCCAAGCCGGUGCUGGCAUUGUCCAAGCAGUCUGGUCUAGUCCGAGAUAAUCCCGCCAUUCACGUAGCUUCUAUGAAACCAAAGCGAUCGUUUAUAGAGUCGAAUGUGUAGAGAUGUGUAAAAUCUGUCUGGCUGUCCACAACGCACAGUCACUAGCAGGACUGGUGCACGUUUAGUUUGUAAACCAGUCUGAUUCCAGUCUCACUUUCAAGCCUCUGAAAAAGUUUGCAAGCUGUUUGAGUCCACACGCAACGAGAGCAGCGCGCUGAAAGCUCCAGAUUUCAUUCCUCUCAAUCUGCCGUUGAGUGCCGUCAGCUUCUGUUACACGACAACAUGUCCGCUGCUCUGAUGGAGCUCCGUGCACACGUAUAGUACAAGUCCGGUCAACGACAGCAAAGACUGCACACAGGACAUGGAUGUAUGAGUGCAUAACAUUUACAGCUUUAGCAUAAAUGGAAACUCCAGUUUGAACGGUGUUCUAUGGUGCAGAGGGGGAGAAAAAUGGUUUCAGAAGGGUUUCAGACAUCUUCACCGUUUGCACACUUUGCCUUGGACAUUUUCUACUGAUAAUUACAUUUAUAGAAUUUUUUUAAAUUAAAUCCUAGAAGUUUCUGCAGACUUCUGUAAAAAAAAUUGUCUUAGGCACGCAGUUCGAUCUGGAAAUACUUGAAUAUUGAAAGAAGCUGCAAAUAUAGUUAAAGCUCUGCCAAAAUUACAGAUAGAAUAGAUUGUAAUUAAACGCUACUGUAAAACUACAACGCUGCAUUGUGUGCUAAAAGUGAAGCUGUCUGAUUAAAUCCUGAAACGUCUGAGGAACGGGCAUUCCUGUGAUUUAUGAAGGAUGUUAUAGAUCCUCAUGUUGUCUAUAUGAUAUAAAUAUGUUCAUUUUCCAGUGAAGGUCUAUGUUAAAAGUGUUCUGGCUUGUGUAUUUUGAGUGUUAGGCACAAUGUUGUUAAAAUGGUGUUAAAACAUUUGUUAAAUCUAUUUGUACAUUCUAUAAAUCACCAUUAACACUGAAUCCCCUUUUUCUGUAUCUGCUUGUUGCUGUCUAGUUAAUUUAUUCACAGUGCCAAUGCCUUGGUCAAUUGUAAAAGCAAUAUAUUUUAUAUAGUUAUUUUUGCACAGCUAAGACAUUUUAUGAUUCUCAGUAAUGAGACGUCAGCGCAUGCUACAAUUGCAGUUUAUAUUAAGGAGUUUAAAAAGUAUCUAUUAAACAAUUGUUGCCAUGUUUUCAGUAUUGUGAGCUUUAUUAGCUGUGAUACUGUAAUUGAACAUUACUGCCAUAGUUACCAUGGAAGACAGAAGUAAAGACCCACUGAGGAGAAAAUUUA